UCAACUUGUCUCCUUUCCAACCCACCCCACAAAGCCAGGAAAAAACCCCUACAUUCCUCCCUCUUCUUUGCCGCGGCGCCGACAUCGAUCCAUCCCUAACAAAUAACACGAUGUCGCGCGCCACGGUCGCCAUCCUCUUCUACAUCCUCACAGCCGCCGCCGCCAUCAGCGCGGCGGCGCAGGCCCCAGCGGAGUCGCCAUCGCCAAAGCCAUCGAAGAGCACGGCAGCUGCCACCCCUGCAAAGGCACCCACCGUCGCAUCGGCACCGAGGAAGGCCGGACCAGCUGCCGCGCCGACGACCACCGUGGCUACCUCCGCGCCUGCUGGUGGCGACGAGGUGUCCAUCCCCCCUACGCCGUUCGCCACCGUGGUGUCUCCCGUCGCCGAUGGACCUGCCGAUGCGGCUGACGCCGAUUUCUCCGGUGCCGGUGCUCUCAAGAGGUGCGCUGCCGUUGCCGGUGUCGCGGCUGCCAUUGCCACCGUCACCUUCUACUAAGAUGCCGGAUGCAGAGAUGUGGAGUGUCAUGGUGAGCUGUUAGGGUGGACAGCAGGAGGAAGGCGUUACUGUCGUUGGGAGGGGCCACAUAUUUCCUGGUUUUGCUCAUCUCACUUGCUUGUGCAACAUUAUGGGGUCGACACUAUAUCAAUUGAAUGCAUUUGAACGACUGAUAAAACUUUUCUGACGA